AUGGAUAAGAGGUUUAUAAAUCUCCAGGUACUAAGACUGAGUGGUAUUAAGCUACCUUAUACUGAACCUCUUUUGAGUACUCUUUAUAAUUUAACUUCACUUUCUAUACUUGACUUGUCUUCUUGUGCACUACAUGGUUCAAUUCCUUACCUUCCUCAACUUAAAGAGCUUGAUGUGAGUGAUAAUAAAGAUCUUCGUCCUGAUCUAACUGGUAUGUUCAAACAUAGUUGGCCCAAACUACAAAAACUUCAGAUAUCAUCAACUAAUUCAACUGGAUCAAUUCCAAGCUCAAUUUCAAAUUUGUCGCAGUUGGUAAGCCUCUCUGCCUCAUGGUGUUCACUUAAUGGGUUUUUAUCUACUUCAAUCUACAAUCUUUCUAGGUUGCAGCAUCUAGAUCUUUCUGGCAACAACAUAACAAGUUUUAUCCAUUCUUCAAUUUCCAAUUUGAAAGACCUAUACUUUCUCGACCUGUCUUUUAAUAAAUUACAAGGACGCAUACCAGAAUCAAUAUUUGACAUUUUUCCUCUUACGCAUCUUGGUUUACAGUAUAAUAACAUAAGUGGAACCAUACCAAGUUGCAUCACAAAGCUCAAAAAUCUUAGCGUCUUUGAUGUUUUCGGUAAUUCUAUUAGAGGAGAAGUUUCGUUGAUCUCUUUGAUCAAUGAACUCAACUUAACUACCUUAGACCUGAGCUCUAAUAAAUUAACUGUAGUUAUAGAUCAACACUUAAACUUAAAUCCAUCCAAAUCUAGUCUAGAAAAUUUACUGUUGGGGUCAUGCAAUAUCAAUGGAUCAAUCCCUACUUUCAUUUGUAAUUUCACUAAUCUAAAAUGGUUAAGUUUGUUCCGUAAUAACCUUAGAGGAGCUAUCCCUUCUUGCAUAUCCAAUCUCAAAAAUCUCGCUUUCUUAGACUUGUCUAAUAACAAACUGGUUGGUCCUCUGCCACUUCCACCUCAAGGUGUCCAGAUUUUGGAUAUAUCAAAUAAUAAGCUUAAUGGGGAAAUCUCAAUGGAAACUGGAGAAAGACUAUCUAAUGUUGGCUACAUUAAUCUUAGUGGCAAUGAACUUUCAGGUUCAAUCCCCUCUUCAGUAUGUUCUAAAGAACUAGGAAAACAUAAUGAUCCAGGACUCAUGAUUCUCUCCAACAACAAACUAUCCGGGACUAUACCUACUAGUAUAGGGUACUGCAGAAAUCUUACUAUUCUAAAUCUCAGCAACAACAAUCUCACUGGAAAUGUUCCAAAUGAGCUUCAAAAUGCAGAAGGUUUGGAAUAUCUUUAUUUAAGUGACAAUAAUCUCAAUGGUACUAUUCCUGAGUCCCUUCUAAAACUUUUGAGUUUGGUAGUUCUCGAUUUAGGAAAUAACAAUUUUGAUGGCAAUAUACCCACCGGUCUUGGUUUAAUGAGGGACCUUAUGGUUUUGUCAUUACGGUCAAACAAAUUCAGCGGGAUCAUUCCUGAAGAGAUUUUCCAUUUGUAUGAACUUCAAAUACUCGACUUAUCUGUAAACAACCUCUCGGGUCCGAUUCCUGGGAAAAUAGGGAACUUGAUGAGGCUAAUAGGUAGCCCUAGUUCCGGAAAGUACAAUAUGAUGGGUAUGGGUUUUCUAUUGGUUAUAAAAGGCACCAUGACACGGUUCGACCAUUUGUACAACUAUAGUUCAGGAAUCGACCUAUCAAGUAACUCUCUCGAUGGAGACAUUCCAAGAGAGAUAGGUUUAUUAAACGGACUAGUUAUGCUGAAUCUGUCGCACAAUCUUCUCUCAAACAAUAUGCCAUCGAGUGUCGGAAACAUGUCCAGGUUAGAGUCUUUGGAUUUAAGUUCCAAUAGACUGUCUGGACAUAUCCCACAAUCUUUGACAUCAAUAGACUCCCUUGGGUUUCUAAACUUAUCUUACAAUAAGUUGAGUGGCAUCAUUCCAAGAGGCAAUCACUUUGAUACAUUGAGUUUGGAUGGUUCUUCUUUCAUCGGAAAUGAUCUAUUGUGUGGAUUCCCCACGACUAAAGUUUGUACUGAUCUUGAUGUUAGUACUAGCACUGGUAGUACACAUCCUUCAAACAAAGUUGACGAAGGAGAUCAAGAGGGUGUAAUGAAUGAGUUGUUGUACGCUACUGUUUCCCUGGGGUUUGGAGUUGGAUUUUUGGGACUUUUCUUAGUUUUGCGUAUAAAGAAACAGAAGUGGUGGUUUCCCUACUGGAGAUUUGUCGACUCUGUUGCAGCUAGAGUAGUAGGAUGUAUUCAUAAAAAUUAA